UGGUACGAUCUCACGGCUCCUACAGCACCUAAGCCUUUCCUCUCCUCUCAUACCCUGCGCCGAUGGCGACCCAAGCUCUGCUGAUGCUGAGCGAGGCAUCCCCGUGGAGCCUUGCGGGUGCGGCGGCGGCCGUGGUGCUUCUAUCGCUGGCCGCCUGUAUUCUGGAGUGGGCAUGGUGGACCCCCCGGCGGCUGGGCCGGGCCCUGCAGGCCCAGGGCCUACGGGGCACCCGGUACCGCCUCUUCACCGGCGACGUGACGGAGAACGUCCGGCUGAACAAAGAGGCCCGGUCCAAGCCCCUGCCGCUCGGCUCCCACGACAUCAUCCCUCGCGUGCAGCCCAUGUUCUGCAAAACCGUUAAGGAGAACGGGAAAGUAUCAUUCACUUGGUUUGGCCCAACACCAAGGGUGAUGAUUCCAGACCCCGAAUUAGUGAGAGAAAUUUUGUCCAACAAGUUUGGACACUAUGGCAAACCAAAGAGUAGCCGCAUCGGGAAGCUGCUAGCCGACGGGGUUGUAAAUCAUGAAGGCGAGAAGUGGGCAAAGCACCGCAGAAUCCUCAAUCCCGCCUUCCACCAUGAGAAGAUAAAGAGGAUGCUGCCAGUUUUUUCUAUCUGUUGCGAAGAAAUGAUUGCGAGAUGGGAGAAUUCAUUGUCCUCCAAAGGAUUAUCUGAGAUUGACGUCUGGCCUGAGUUCCAGAAUCUUACUGGAGAUGUCAUCUCAAGAACAGCAUUCGGUAGCAAUUACCAGGAGGGGAUGAAAAUAUUCCAGUUGCAAGAAGAGCUAGCUGAACGCCUAAUACAAGCUUUUCAGACGCUAUUUAUCCCAGGCUAUUGGUUCUUACCAACUAAAAACAACAGAAGGAUGAGAGCAAUUGAUCGUGAGAUCCGCACAAUUCUGCGAGGAAUAAUUGGAAAAAAAGACAGAGCUAUUAAAAAUGGUGAAGCUAGCAGCGAUGACUUGCUAGGAUUACUGGUGGAGUCAAAUAUGCGGGAAUCAAAUGGGAAAGCAGCUCUAGGAAUGAGUACUGAAGAUAUAAUUGAGGAGUGCAAGCUAUUUUACUUUGCAGGAAUGGAGACAACAUCAGUGUUGCUCACAUGGACACUAAUUCUGCUAAGCAUGCACCCAGAGUGGCAAGAUCAGGCAAGGGAGGAAGUGUUGCACCACUUUGGAAGAACCACACCAGAUUUUGAGAACUUGGGUCGCCUGAAGAUCGUAACAAUGAUUCUAUACGAGGUUCUUAGGUUGUAUCCACCGGUAGUCUUUCUUACCAGAAGAACAUACAAGGAAAUGGAGCUGGGCGGCAUCAAAUAUCCGGCAGGAGUGAACCUUAUGUUGCCCCUUCUGUUUAUCCACCACGAUCCCAAUCUAUGGGGAAAAGACGCGGGCGAAUUCAAUCCAAAGAGGUUUUCUGACGGUAUCUCAAAUGCGGCGAAGCAUCCAGGCGCGUUCUUCCCGUUUGGAGGAGGUCCUCGGAUCUGCAUCGGCCAGAACUUUGCAUUGUUGGAAGCCAAGAUGGCUCUGAGCACCAUCCUCCAGCGCUUCUCCUUCGAGCUCUCGCCGUCCUAUACACAUGCGCCUUACACCGUGAUAACCCUCCACCCGCAGCAUGGUGCUCCAAUCAGGAUGAAGAAAAUAUGAUCAUGCUUCACAUCUUGGCCAUCGACACUAUAGCGAAUUUUACUUACACGCCAUGUAUAUUUAAAGUUUGAGCUGAAUAAACAGAGCACCCUGUUUACAUGUUAUGUCUUUUUUUUUGUAAGAAGUAAAUGAAUGCAAAGAGUUGUUUCAGUUGAACCGGUCGUUUGGUUCAGUUCAUGA